CCUGUUUCCUGUGCCACAGUUGUCAAGAUGAGUACUUGUACAAGCGUACUGCUUUUUCUUGUAGCUGCGCUCCUGAGCAAAGGAGAUAGCAAUGAACCACGAUGCCAUGGCAAAUCAAGUCCAUUGAGAUGGAGUGAGCUAAAUAAUCACAGUUGGACAUUAACCAGCUAUUACUAUAAUGAAACUGAAAACCGAUGUAAGGAGCUUGGCUUCCUUGGAUGCGACGGAAACAAUAAUAAAUUUUCAUCACUUUUUGAGUGCCUCGCCAAGUGCAGGAAACCUAAUCCAGGAGAAACAAUUCCGAAAUAUCUUGAGAAGUACCUACCAAACUGCACGAAUAUCUACGUGGAAGAGGAUAAGGGCAAUAUUGCACGAUUUAAUUUCAAUCCUGAGUUAAAUGAGUGCAAUUUAGUUAUUGUUGGAAAAGGCGACAAAUACUUCCCACAGAUAACGUACUGCAUGUUGAAGUGCAAUGGAACUCAAGGUACCCUUGGCCAAUGCAGGAAGCCGAGAGAUCCGGGCACUGAACCCGAAGGAUGGCAGUGCAGAGUUGAAGGUCGAUAUACGACGUGCAAUAUGCAAGCACCUACCUCGUGUUAACACAAGUAAACCGAAUAGUGUCUCUGAUGCUUAAUAAAGUGACUCCGUGGUGGAACUGACAA